AUGAGUAAUAAAACUUUUGUAGCCGAUUUAAUAAAACAUAAUAAAAAAAGUAAAGUUGAAACCUCUGUUGCUGAUUUAAUAAAACCCAAAAAGAAGUAUUUGUAUGCAUGUUAUUGUAUUCUUUGUAAUGGUGAAGAAGUUGACCCUCGUACUCAAAAAAAACAUGCUAAAGAUGAACGUCUAUGGAGGUCAAAAGAUGCUAAAAAAGAUCAGGAAAAUGCCAUUAUGGCAAGGAAACAAAGUCAAAAUACUAACCUUAUUUCAGAUGUAAAUUCCACCAGAAUAAAUUCAAAUCAAUCAAAAAGGCAGAAAAUAGAUAAUUCUGAUUCUUUUCACUUAAAUAAACCAGAUAAUGAAGAAGAAGAAAGUAUAAAUAUACCAUUUUCAUUCAACUUUUGUAUUCCUGCACUUACAUUUGAUAAAAAUGAUAAUAUUGUCGAUUAUUUUAAUGAGGAGAAUGAUUAUAACAUCAAUCAGAAUUAUAUCUAUCAAGAAGAAGAGGAGGAUGAUGAUGAUAAUAUAGAUCAGAAAGAAGAAAAUGAAGAUGAAGAUAAUAUAAAAAAUAUUUUCACAUCUCCCGAAUUUGAUAGUGAUGAAGUGUUUGUGAUGGAAAGCUUAAAUGAUUCGUUGGAAACUGAAAUUAUUCUAUGGGCAUUUAAAUUUUAA